AUGUUUAUAAGUCGAGUAGAUGAGUGUGAUGCUGUAAGUGUUGAUUUACUUUCGUUACAACAAACUGUUAAAGGAGAAGAAUGUUACACUUUUUUUGAAUGUCCUGUUUGCAAAAAGCUUUAUAGAAACCUCCCUAUUUAUCAGUGCCAAUCAGGUCACAGCAUUUGUAAUACAUGCAAACCUCGAUUGGAGAAGUGUCCUACAUGUAGAGCACCUUUUGGAAUGACAAGAAACUAUUCCUUGGAAGGUUUAACAGCAGGUGUAUCGUAUCCAUGUAUUUAUCAUGACUUGGGUUGUAUGAUGUCAUUAUCUCCAGCAGAAAUAAGUAGGCACGAAGCUGUAUGCCCAUACAAACCUUACAAUUGUCCUCUGCCUCAAUGCACAAUGUCAGGAAGUCAUGAUAUUAUCACAAAUCAUUUACAGGAAUUUCAUUCUGAUCAUGUUGUUGUUUCUGAUUCACAUGGCUAUGCCGAGUCCUUUAGAUUGGAGCAGCAUUCUUUGUACAACCAUAUUUUUGAUAGGAAGGUUUUGCUAGCCUUUGAUCAUAUAUUCAGAUUGACUUGCAAACGUGUCAGCGACUAUUGUAUGUGGGCGGCCGAAGCCAUUGGCGUACAGAGUGAGCUAAAAAACUUUGUUUACGAAGUCAGUAUCAUCGACGUACGUCGCCCAGAAAAACGGCUGAUAAGAACCGACUAUUGUCUCAAUGAAAUGCCCGAAGAGGACCUUUUUAAGAAAUGCAUCAUGUUUCCAAAUAGCAUCUUAUCAUCAUAUUCUAGCCAUGGCAUGGUAUCAUAUCAUUUUAAAAUCAAGAAAGGGGUUUAAAAUGUGAAGAAGUUUAUCUCAGAUUAAUAUUGUGAUGUUUUUAAUUAUUGUUAAAAUGUAUUUCUUGCCCACCAUAGCUCUUAACACUUUGCUUUCGUAAUCGUGGCAUAGUCAAAGGACUGUAUAAACUAAAAUAGUGAUAUAUAAAUAUUUACGAUGUAUAUGAUAAUUUUCAACGACAUCUCGGUAAUUUUAGUACAUAGUAAAAGUUGAUUUUUGUCCAUUAUUUUUUUUUCAAUUUUGAUAAAACGCAAAAUUGACAAGUGUAUCAUUUAAGACUGUUUAACCUUAUUUUAAUGUAAUUCUGAACGUAUAUGAAUUAGGUUAUACAGGGUGUUUCAAAAGAAAUGCGAAAAACUUCAGGGGGUGAUUCCUUGUUCAAAAUAA